GUUUGUUGCUACAAAUAAAAAGCAUCUUUUACUCAACUUUACCGCCAUCAUUAACACUAUUGUUUGCACUUGUAUUAUUUAUUUAUUUUCCAUCUACUAUUGCAUAUCCACAUUUUUCACUAGUCGUUAUUUAUUAUUGUUAUAGGCAUGUCAUAUAAUGCCCAGCAUAUGGACGGCGAAAAGCACACCCGGCCCAUGACAUUCGAGGAAGCCGGGGAGUUUAAAGGGCUGCAGAGCAUGGCCUACGAGUACGACAACUAUUUGCUGCCACUGUUUCCGAGUCUUCGGGCACUGGCUCCCCAGGCGACCAAAAUUUCACAGCUACAGUGCAUUCCAAUUUUUGGCAACCUAGUCGUGUUCUACAUAACCUGCAAAUUUAUCUCGCGGUCCACAAACAUCGGCUGCAUUGGCGGCUCAACAAUAGUUUAUAUGCUCGGGUAUAGCUUGCUUAUGUUCAUCGUCGGGUUUAUUCCAUUUGUAAACGUGUGGCUUGCUUACAAGCUGAGGCCCCUGUAUAAGUGCUGGCAGUUAUUCAGCAGUGAGAUUGACAACAGGGGUUUGUACUAUGGUGUAUCAAAGGCCGGCAUGCUUGCCGAGUUCCCCGUCUCUGAACUGACCACCAGCAGCAUGUAUCAUCUUGCAUCGCCGCCGACCGGCACCACGCCCCUGAAGGGCAUUCCGUAUGAAAUUCCUAACGAUACACCAAAUGGGCCCGCAAUCCCAAUCAAGGCGGCUGUCGAAAAGCAUCAUAGCGUGGAUUCAGUGCCCAGGGAUAAGCGCGGCUACAGCUCAUUUAUUCCAGUGCAGCUUCCUCACCAUGUUCAAAACCAACUACAAGUACAGGCGCAAAACCAAAUGUACGGACAGAUGCAGGCCCAAGGCCAAGUUAAAGGUCAAAUUCAGGCCCAAGGCAAAAACCAAGGUCAGGGAUAUGGCCAUGGCGCUGGAACCAACCCAAGGUCAACAAUGGCAGAUUCCGAAUACGACGCUUACAGCACUAGGAGGCACUCUUUCGAUAGUAUGCGCGCAUCGACUAUUCCCGAGGAGGCUGAUUUCCUGAAGAAGGGCUAUACCGUUAGACAGUCACACCUGGACAACUGGCCACUGAAAUAAGUUGUUUUAUUUGCAUUAUAAAAUUUACACACCAAUAUAUUGGAUGCUUUCAUCUUGUAAUAAUAACAUUGAUUUUUUAUUUUAUUUUGUUGGAGUAGUAUUACAUCAUAUCAAACUUUAUUCGUAGGCUGCAAACAAUAAAAG